AUGAAGCCCAACUUCAUUAAGACAAAUGACGGCGAGCACACAGGAUGCCCUUGCAACUUCCGGUACCCUUGUCAAAACACUCAGGACGGCAUAUCAUGUUGCAAUUGCGAAAAGCCUCGAGCACAUUAUUGCUUCUGCGUCGGGAGUUUUACGGUGGCAUCUUCGGAAGAAAGCCCCGACUGUUCCAGGAGAAUAGAUUCUGAAUGUUUGAGCGAGUUAAAGCGAAAGCGGAGGAGCUGCCACUGGUCUGGAGCUGGGCUUGGUCUGGAGCCGCGCAGAGGUUGGCGGCUGGACCACGGUGAGGUUAGGAAGGGCGUCCACUCAGUCCGAGACGCUCUUGCAGCUGCACAGUCCUGCCGUGACAACGUUCUGCAGCGGUACAAACCUGCAAUGACACCGUUCUGCAACAGCUCCCGGAAAAGCAGCAGCCAUCCAACAGCGAAAAGCCACCCAAGAACAGCGAAAAGAAACAGCGGAAAAGCCACCCAACAACAGCGGAAAAGCCACCCAACAACAGCGGAAAAGCCAACCAACAACAGCGGAAAAGCCACCCAACAACAGCGGAAAAGCCACCCAAGAACACGAGCCAUCCAAGAACAGCGGAAAAGCCAAUCAGCGGAAAAGAACAGCGGAAAAGCCACCCAAGAACAGCGGGAAAGCCACCCAAAAACAGCGAGAACAGAAAAAGUAAAAGCGGAAAAGCGGGAAAAGAAGAAACAGCGGAAAAGCCACCCAACAACAGCGGAAAAGCCACCCAAGAACAGCGGAAAAGCCACCCAAGAACAGCGGAAAAGCCACCCAAGGAACAGCAGAAAAGCACCCAAGGAACGCGGAAAGCCAUCCAAGAACAAGCGGAAAAGCUUAACCAAGAACAGCGGAAAAGCCAGAUCCAAGAACAGCGAAAGCCACCCAAGAACAGCAGAAAAGCCAACCCAAGAACAGCGGAAAGCCAUCAAGAACAGCCGAAAAGCUACCCAAGAACAGCGGAAAAGCCAUCAAGAACAGCGGAAAAAGCUCACCCAACAACAGCGGAAAAGCCACCCAAAAAACAGCGGGAAAAGACACCCAACAACAGCUGGCGAAAAGCCACCCAAGAACAGCGGAAAAAGCCACCCAGAACAGCGGAAAAGCCACCGGAAACAGCGGAAAGCCAUCCAAGAACAGCGGAAAAGCCAACCAACAACAGCGGAAAGACACCAAAAACAGCGAAAAGACACCCAAGAACAGCGGAAAAGACACCUAGACAGCGGAAAAGACCAACAAACAGCCGGAAAAAGCCACCCAAGAACAGCGAAAAGCCACCCAACAUACAGCGGAAAAGCCACCCAACAACAGCGGAAAAAGCCACCCAACAAAACAGCGAAAAGCCACCCAACAACAGCGGAAAAGCCACCCAAAAACAGCGGAAAAGCCACCCAACAACAGCGGAAAAGCCGCAUCCGCAACAACAGCGGAAAAAGCCACCCGAGAACAGCGGAAAAGGCCACCCAAGAACAGCGGAAAAGCCACCAAAGAACAGCGGGUAAAAAGCCACCCAAAAGAACCCGGGAAAAAAGCCACCCAGAACAGCGGAAAAAGCCACCCAAGAACAGCCGGAAAAAGCCACCCAAGAACAGCGGAAAAAGCCACCAAGCCACAAGAAAAGCCAAACAGCCACCCGAGAACAGCGGAAAAGCCACUAGGAUAUAG